AUGACGACAAGUUCUACCCUUGAAUGGUUCGCCAACAAUGAAGCCAUCAAUCUCCUAAGAGAGGCCGGCGUUCCUGAACAACAACUCCUUCCUGUUCAAGGCGGCGAGCGGAUUCCACUGUUUACUCGUGAGACCUGGAAUAAAGCCAAUUCUGACCCAUCAUUGCUCUGUCCUGCUCCCCCUGGAGCACCUCGACGUCCGCUUGAUGAACUCGCAGCACUCUCAGUUGAUGUCUGGCCUUCAUUGCACUGCAUAAUGCCUGCGGAUCACCCUGAAGUUAUCGACACGGCGACUGUAUACAAGGGCUCCGCGAGUCCGUACAGUUGCACGCUUGAUAUUACCAUCGGCAUGAAAUAUGGUUUGCUCAAGAUCGGAGAACUCUUGCCACCCGAGAAACUUACCCCUGGUCACCGCUCUUUUAUUGAGUAUGUCUCUGAUCGAAAGCGGAACGUGUUUUCUCACAGCGAUGGCGGGCAGUUGAUGUUCAACUUUGUCAUUGGUGAGAAAGCAUUGCUUUGGAGUGCACACUUAGGCGGCUAUGAAGGUAUUCUACGAGACUUACAGCCAAAACCAGAUAUUGCGAUACUCGCUAUUGCAGGAAGAGCGAAUCUCAACGGUAGGCCCUAUGAUGGCUCGGCGGCUGAGUUUGCGGCCUUGAAGGUUGGCUGGCUUGGGAAUCCGUCUCAGGUAAUCUGGUGUCUACAUGAUGAAGCAUGCAUUCCACCUUGGAGGAUCAAGACUGAAGCGGCGACGAAGGCGGUCGAGGCGAAUGGUAAGACAAAGGUCUUGGCGAUGGACUUUGUUGAGCCUCUUACGUUAAAUAUUUAG